UUAGUGCUUUUGAUGGCUGUUUACUUUGGUGUCUCGAUUUAAUAGUCAUUUUGUUUGUAAGUCUAGUUGUUGAUUACUAGUUUUCACAAUGGCUAGAGGUUUAUGACUGUUCACUUUUUAUUGGUUUAGGUGAUUAAUGAAUUUUUUUUUUUUUGGGAGGGGUUAUAAUUCUGAAAUGUGUUUUUGACAAUUUAUUUGUUUAUCUUUAUGUUUUAUGAUUGACGGUUUAGGUGAUUAUGUUGAAUUUUUUAUAUUUGGAUUAGAAUUUGUUCGUAAGUCCCAAGUUAUACUUGGUUAAAAAGAUGAUAUAUAAAAGAAGAAUUCUCAAUUAGCAAGAUCUAUCUUACGGGGGUAACGGGACAAUGUGGCGUUGAAAAAAUGGGUGAUGAGGCUAAUGGAAAGCUCAUUUUCUCUGUCUUUAGUCAGUAGUAAAUUAUCUAACAGAAUAUUAUUUUAAGUGGGUUUAAAGCGCAAAAGGUCUGAAAUUGGGAAUUUAGUAAUUGAACGUCCUUAACGCAAAUGGUGAAAAUUUUCAUUAGUUUUAAACUACGCAUUUUUCCUAUAUUUAAGGAAACAUGCAUCCUACUACUUUUUUCUUUAAAAAAAAAAAUGUAAAUAAAUAAAUUAAUAUAUAUGACAAUAUAUAUCUUCAACGGUAACUAUUCUAUUAUGCGAUAUUUGAGUGUUGCAAAAUUAUUAUAUUAAAAUUUGUAAUACUUCUAGUAUAACAUAAAUAAGAAUCUUUUGAAACCUCUUAUCUCAAACAUCAAGUUGUGUUUUUAUUUUUUUAAAAUUCUAAUGUAGAUCCGAUUGGCAUAAGACGGUACCAUUCAAUUAAUAAUUAAGCCUACAUUAAACUUUCAUAAGUUAAUUAUUGAAUUUAUUUUUUCCUCACUUGUUCUUCUUACCUGUUGAUUGGAGAAAGAAUUUUCCUUUUGUUAUUAAAAUUAAGUUGAGAAAAUGAAACAGAAAAAAAAAAAAAAAAAAAACAAGUCACACUCAUGGACACAAGCAAAUUCGUGUCACGUGUCGAUCACGUGAGAGUUGGGCACAUCCAUACACUUCACGUGACUUUCCAUCCACGCUGGCACCCUGUCCCCGCGACUCGCACGUACCGACCCCAUCCACUAUACUCCUUUUAAAAAAACUAAAACAACUAAUAAAGAAAAGAAAAAUCGAGGGCUCUUUAGAGGAAAAAAAAAAAAAAGCAAUGGGAGGUGAGAUAGCAGCAGAGACAAUGACGAGGAAGAAGAAGAAGAAGGGAAGACCCUCUCUCUUAGAACUCCAAAAACGAUCUCUCAAACAACAACAGCAGGAGCAGCAAUCGCUUCAACAAAAAACCCCUAAUCUCAUAAACCCUAAUUUUUCUAUUAAUUCGAACCGCCGAUCCACUCGCCGGAACCCGAAUCUAGACGGAGUCUCCCCACUGCCCGACUGGAUUGCCGGAGGAGACGAUGAUGACGACGAGCGCCGACAGAAGAAGCAUAAGCUAUUGCUUGGCCUCAAUUCUUCUCGUAAUCAUCAGCAUUAUCCGAUUCCUUCGGCGCCAGACUCGGCCUCCUACGGAUCCGAUUCGAAUGCGGAUGGUGACGAUCGCGAGGCAUCCCUCAAGCAUCGCAAACUUACUACCCUCCGUUCUGGAUCUGAUCAAAUGGGGGAAAAGGUGUCGAAAGCGACAGACACUCUUCAUGGGUCACCGCUGGAGUCUGGCCCCACUACACCUUUGCCAGACAAAAAGUUGUUGGUGUUCAUUCUUGACAGGCUUCAAAAGAAGGACACUUACGGGGUUUUCUCUGAGCCAGUGGAUCCCGAAGAGCUUCCUGAUUACCAUGACAUUAUUGCACACCCAAUGGACUUUUUGACAAUCAGGAAAAAACUUGAUGGGGGAGCUUAUACAACCUUGGAACAAUUUGAGAAAGACGUUUUUUUGAUAUGCUCAAAUGCAAUGCAGUAUAAUUCACCAGAUACAAUUUACUUUCGACAGGCACGAUCAAUGCAAGAGCUGGCUAAAAAGGACUUUGAGAAUUUGAGGCAAGAUAGUGAUGAAGGUGAACCACAACCGAAAGUCGUGAGGAGAGGGAGGCCACCUGGAAAGAGCUUCAAAAAGUCAUUGGAGUCGUCAUCUUUUGACCGUGUUGGUUCUGAGUUUUUAUCAGAUGCAACUCUAGCCAGUGGACCAGAUGCUUCAAGCCUUUCAAAUACUUACAAUUUGAGGAAGGUACCUGGUUUACACAAGCUCCGGCCUACUGAUACAUUAAUCAGGCCCUCCUGGGUUUCUCAUAGCAAUGAAAAUUAUGCCAGUUGGUCAUCUGAAUGGGAGAAUGAAUUUCCAGCUUCUGUUGUGAAGGCUGUGAUGAAGUAUGGGAAGAAACAUUUUGCGGUAGAUGAGAACAGGCGUGACACCUACAACCAUUCAUUGACUUCUGGACCUGAGCAGCCUAUCUUUUCCACCUUGGAUGGAGAAUUGAAGCAACUAAUUCCGGUUGGUUUGAGUGCAGAAAAUGGUUAUGCUACAAGCUUGGCACGUUUUGCUUCAGAUCUUGGACCUGUCGUUUGGAAAAUCACUUCAAGGGAAAUUGAAAGUGUUUUGCCUAGCGGACUGAAGUUUGGUCCUGGCUGGGUAGGAGAAAACUGGACGAUUGAGCAGCCGCAAUUUUCGUUUUGUGAAAAGCAGAGAUCUUCAAAUUCUUCAUUUGAUGACCAUUCUAGCAGACUUUUAUCUCCAGCUACUUGUGGUUCAAACUCAAUUGCUGCAGGUAGAUUUCGUUUGCUAGGUAAAGAAGGCACAGAAACUGUCAGAGGACUAAGUUCUGAAAAUGACUUGAUUUCUGCACAUUCUUAUCAGUUUCAACAAAGACAAUUGCUGCACUCGGGUAUCAAUGGUUCUAUCGGUGGGUUUGGGAUUGAUUUUUCCCCUCCAAUGGGAUUAAUAACACAGCCUGUAAAUUCCUUGACUGAAAAGACUUCAGUGCCUUCUCAAUCACAUGGCAUGGUUUCAGGUAGCAGCUCCACCAUGCGCCCAAUGCCUGGAAGUGAUUUUCUUCCACAAGAGACCAAGGUUGUUGAUAGUUCAAUUGCUUUACAUUCUGGAAAAGAAAUGGCUGUAGGCCCUGACCUGGUGUCCCGUGCAGCCACUAAUGUUGGGCUUCAGCAGAAAUCCAAUAACAAACAAGAUUUCAUUCCAUUUCCCCCUGAUCUUAAUGUGAGCUUCCUGGCACCCGGUUCACCGAGUUCUAGUGUGCCAAUUGGUUCCCCCCAGCACCCAGGUUUAGCAUUGCAACUCUGAUAAUUGGCAGUAUUAUUUCCAUAUGAUUUGACACAAGCUAAUUGCGGUAUUAGGUGUGAAAAAGAUUGAGCCGAAUUCACCACAUUCUUCAUUGAAAGGGUUUCAUUGAGUAGCAACUCCUCAAGAAGUCAUAAGAUCAGAUCGUAGGGAAGAUUUUGUAUAGAUUGAUAUAUAAAAAAUUUUUUUUAUAGAGUUAAA